AUGAGUUCACCCAUCACCAGCGUGCCGGAUCCAUCCGAAUCCUCGGCCCUGGCCUCCAUCAUCACACAAGUUCAACCGGGCCAAGUCCCCGUCGUCUCUCGAGCUGCUCGUCCCACGCAAAGCGUAUCAGCGAAGAAGGGCGAUGCAGCACGUAAGAAGAAGAAAAAGAAGACCAUCGCGUCAGCCGCUGCCGCCGCUAGCAGUGCACAAGCGGAAGAAGCGGCGCAUCUGCGAUCGCAGGAUGAAGCGGUAGCUGCUGCCGCAAGACUCGGCUCGCAAGCCGCGCAUUCACAAGCGCGUGCUAACUCGAGCAGCGUUUCGUCAGCAGCAGCGGCGCCUGCCAUUCCAUCUUCCGUCCUGACUUCAUCAGCAGAGGCACACGACAAUGGCGACGAGAAUCAUGCGAAUCACGAACAUCAGGCUUCGUCUACGUUGCUUGGCGGCUCGACGGCGGGCAAUACGCUGACGCACAGCACGGUGCUGCCUGCAACAGAUGCCCCUCAUGCAGCGGCACACGAGGACGACGAGGCGGCAAUGGGCGGUCGAAGCUCGGACAAGUCAGGGCUGCCGACGGCCACCGAGAGCAGUGAGGGGACCGUGGAGAAGGAUGGUUUGAUCGAUGUGCCUCCGCGCAAGCAUGCUUCGAGUCCAGAGGCAGCAGCAGCGUCUGUACCUGCUUCCGGGACCGCGGCCGCAAAAUCUUCAACACAGUCCCCUUCUUCUGUUGCACCCGCUUCAUCUGCUGCUGCGAGGGGAAACGCAGCCAAACCCGCUUCGGCAUCAAGACCCACGGCAGCAGGAUCGGCAGUCAAGUCGCAAUCGAGCAAACCGAGCUUCGGACAACGAUUGGUCGCGUUCCUCACGUGCUCGUCCGCCACAUCCGGAGCAGUGCACGAGGAAAUGCGCGAAAAGAACCGCUCCAGCGUCGCUGCCAGUGUACCUGCACGCAAUAACACCUCAUCCGCAGCCGGAGCAGGAGCAGGCACGGUCGCUGUACCUCCACGCACGACCGCCUCGAAAGACGCAUCUGGUGCGACGGCCGACUACCCGACCACACCCGGAGGCGGUACAAAACUGCCCCGGGCUGAGACCGGCGAUGUCAUGUCCGGCGCGGUGGUGCCUCCGGGCGCAUCUUUUGUUACGGCAGACGAAGCGCGCAAGUCUCGGCCUUCUAGUGUCAACGGUGCCAAGCGUUCAUCGCUUUCGGACGACGAGGAUGAGGACGACGACGAGGAUGAUGAUGAUGAGGAAGAGGAUGAGGACGACGAUAUGGAACUCGAAGACGAAGAUGGCUAUCUCACGGACGAUCAGACGGAAGAACAGCGGUUAAUCAUGCAAGGCGGGAUCGGCAUCCCACUCGACGAGUUUGGCAAUCCGUCGCCGCUGCUGCCCGGGAUUGGCUCGCUCGAUACCGGUCGUAAAUGCCUUGUGCUCGACCUGGAUGAGACGCUUGUGCACUCCUCGUUCAAGAUGAUCCAGAACGCGGACUUCAUCGUACCCGUGGAGAUCGACGGGACCGUGCACAACGUGUAUGUGAUCAAGCGGCCCGGGGUGGACGAGUUCAUGCGUGCGAUGGGCGAGAUCUACGAGGUCGUCGUUUUCACAGCUUCGCUGUCCAAGUAUGCGGAUCCUGUGUUGGAUAUGCUGGACAUCCACCACGCGGUGCGUCACAGGCUGUUUAGGGAGAGCUGCUAUAAUCACAAAGGGAACUACGUCAAGGACCUCAGUCAGUUGGGACGCGAGAUUGGGGAUACGAUCAUUAUCGACAAUUCGCCGGCGAGCUACAUCUUCCAUCCGAACAACGCGGUGCCCAUCAGCAGCUGGUUCAACGAUCCGCACGAUACGGAGCUCACGGAUUUGUGUCCUUUCUUGGCCGACCUGGCGGACGUGGACGAUGUAAGGGCCGUCUUGGACGGUGCGCUGUGA